CUCCCUAAACCCCUCUCCGUCGACUCCGAUGCUUUAGACAAAACAUACCAUUUCUCCUCCUCGACACUGAUCAAACCACAGACCGAAGCUUCUUCAAAUGAUUAAAGGACCCAUCACGGUAUCACGUUAUCUUCUCAGGUCUCUCUGCCAAACCAUAAACUCUUCAUGUUUAAACAGAAGCAAUCUCAUAUCAUCACCAUGUUCCGGUGGAAUUUUCUCGACGCCAUCGAUGUGGGUUCCGUCCGCGCCGUACUCUCAGGACUCGACUAGCGAAAAGGAAGAUCGGUAUGAGCUUGUUUCUCUUCUCAAUAGGGACCCGGAAAGCCCUCCCAAGCUCUUCGUGGUUCAGCCUCGUAUGCGCCCCGAUAGGUUGUUGCAGGCCAAGCUUAAUGAAGCUCUGUGCCUAGCCAACUCACUCGAAGAACAGCGAGAUGGGUACUUCGAUACUGAUUUUUUUGACAAGGAAAUACCUUCACACAUUGUCGUUCAGAACCCAUCUGCUAGAGGGCAUAAAACACGCGCAGACACGUAUUUUGGUCCAGGAACAGUGGACAAUAUUAAAAUCCAGCUAAAUCUUGUGGAAUCAAAGGGCGAAGUGGAUGCUGUUUUUGUGAACACAAUUCUAUCUGGGGUUCAGCAAAGGAAUUUGGAGAGAGCAUGGGGCAAACCGGUGUUGGAUCGCGUGGGUCUUAUUAUCGAGAUAUUUAAUGCUCAUGCAUAUACAAAAGAGGGAAAGUUGCAGGCUGAAUUAGCAGCAUUAUCGUAUAAGAAGACCAGACUUGUUCGUGUACGGGGCUCAGAUGGACGCCUUACUUUUGGAAGUUCUGGAGAAUCUGAAGUUGUUAGUGCCCGGGGGAGAGGAAGUGGUGGACGUGGGUUUAUUAGUGGUGCUGGAGAAACUGAACUUCAACUUCAACGACGGAGAAUUAUAGAACGUCGGAGAAUGUUAUUAUCACAAAUUGAAGAGGUUCGUCGUACUCGAGCUUUGCAACGGGCUGCUCGCAAGAGACGUGGAGGCUCCGAUGGUCAAGGUUUAGUUACUGUUGCUGUAGUUGGGUAUACAAAUGCGGGGAAAUCUACACUAGUUGGUGCACUUUCAAACAGUGAUCUUUAUAGUGAUUCACGACUCUUUGCAACAGUUGAUCCUAGAUUAAGAAGUGUUCUUCUUCCAUCCGGAAAGAAGGUGCUUGUAAGUGAUACAGUAGGAUUUAUAUCAGAUUUGCCAGUGCAGUUAGUUGAAGCAUUUCAUGCAACUUUAGAAGAAGUGGUGGAAGCUGAUCUGCUUGUGCAUGUGUUGGACUGUACUGCCCCAAAUCUUGAUGAGCAUCGGUCAACUGUACUCAGCGUUCUUGUGCAAUUAGGAGUAUCAAAAGAGAAGCUUCAGAAUAUGAUUGAAGUUUGGAAUAAGAUUGAUUACCAUGAGGAUGACAUGGGCGUAGAAGAAGAAGAAGAAGAAGAAGAAGAAGAAGAAGAAGAAGGGGUAGAAGCAUCAAAUGUAACAGCUCGAGAGCUGGUUGGUGAUCAUACCAAUGACAAUGCAUACAAGUUAUCCACAGGAGAUCUUGAAGCUGUGGAUGACCAAGAAGAUGACUAUUCUGAUGGCUGGUUGGCAUCAGAUGAUGACCAAAACCCUUGGAGUGAUGAAAAUGGUUCUACACUCCCAUUAGAGAGUGUGGAUGACCAACAAAGUGAGUGUUCCAAGGACUGGAGAACGGAAAUGGGUUUGCAUUCUCAAGAUCAGUCUGGCCCGCAUGUCAAAACAUCUGCGCUUACUGGAGUUGGAUUGCAAGAGUUGCUGGAACUUAUAGAUGAGAGGCUGAAAGAUCAAGAUAAGAAGUUGAAUGCCCACAAUGUUGUGGAAAGGAGCAUCUUCAAUCGAAAAUGGAGGCCACCUCGAGAAGAGGAAGAUGGCAUAGCUGUUGAAAAGUAGAAUCUUCAAUCUGGUCAAUUUGUUGUUCUUUGCUACAUCUAGCUUGGGUCACCCGAUGACUGAAGGUUCAUCACAAACCGAAACAGCCCAUUGCAGGUCGAUUUCUCUUCCCUUCCCAAGAUCAAAACUUUGUUGUCCAGAAGCAGCUUUCUGGUAUUUCCUAAGGAACUCUUGAGCAUCUUGUAACCAAUUAAAUUAAACUAAUUUACCUCAAAUCUGGCACUUUACAGUGAAGAUAUCUACCAUAAGCGUUCUUUUUUCCUCAACUAAUAACGAACUUGCACUUAGGCUUGACUGGCUACUAAAGCAUGUUGGGCCUUGCAGUAUAAACUGUUGUAUUUACUAUUACUAUUAAGUAAAUUAAUGUAAAAUGUAAAUCACAGUGGCAAUAAUCUCAUAUUUCCAUCUGUCCUUUAUUAUUUA